CGGCAUGAAGCCUUUAGGGGUGCUCCGGGUUUUCAGCUUUUUGCUUGAAAUUCCUCAUCUGCUUUCAGUGUGAAGGCUGGGCCGGGCAGAGGACUGGUCGCAGGGUCCCAGACGGCGGGGCUGCCCCAGAGGGAGAGGAGGGGGCUAGAGACAGGAAGGAAGCCAACCAUCAAAUUGAAAAGGAAAAAGAAAAAAAGCCCUUGACUUUUUUUUUUUUUUUUUUUUUUUAAAAACCUCCUCUCCCUCCCCGAUGGCUGCGUAAGAAACGCCGGCGACACCUAGGAAAGGGACCAAGUUGGUCAGCGGUGGCAAUUUCGUGGGUUUUUGAGUUCACAGUUGUGAGCUCGGAGCUCGGAGAUGGAGCCGUGGUCCUCCAGGUGGAAAACGAAACGGCCGCUCUGGGAUCUCACCAUCGCAACCCUCGCCUUGACUUUCCUCUUCCAAGCCAGAGAGGUCAGAGGAGCUGCUCCAGUUGAUGUACUCAAAGCACUAGAUUUUCACAAUUCUCCAGAGGGUAUAUCAAAAACAACAGGAUUUUGCACAAACAGAAAGAAUUCUAAGGGUUCAGAUACUGCUUAUAGAGUUUCAAAGCAAGCGCAAAUCAGUGCCCCAACGAAGCAGUUAUUUCCAGGUGGGACUUUUCCAGAAGAUUUUUCAAUAUUAUUUACAGUAAAACCCAAAAAAGGAAUUCAGUCUUUCCUUUUAUCUAUAUAUAAUGAGCACGGUAUUCAGCAAGUUGGUGUUGAGGUUGGGAGAUCACCUGUUUUUCUAUUCGAAGACCACACUGGUAAACCUGCCCCAGAAGAGUACCCCAUCUUCAGAACAGUUAACAUCGCCGAUGGGAAGUGGCAUCGGGUAGCAAUCAGUGUGGAGAAGAAAACUGUGACAAUGAUCGUUGAUUGUAAGAAGAAAACCACAAAACCACUGGGGAGAAGUGAGAGACCAAUUGUUGACACCAAUGGAAUCACAGUGUUUGGAACAAGGAUUUUGGAAGAUGAGUUUUUUGAGGGUGAUAUCCAGCAGUUCUUAAUCACAGAUGACCCAAAGGCAGCAUACGACUACUGUGACCAUUACAGUCCCGAUUGUGACUCCUCAGCAUCCAAAGCUGCUCAGGCUCAGGAACCGCAGGUAGAUGAGUAUGCACCUGAGGAUAUAAUCGAAUAUGACUAUGAAUAUGGGGAAACAGAAUAUAAAGAGGCUGAAAGUGUAACAGAGACUCCCACUGUAACUGAGGAAACAGUAGCACAAACAGAGGCAAAUAUUGUGGAUGAUUUUGAAGAUUACAACUAUGGAACAAUGGAGCCAUACCAGACAGAAUCUCCUAGGCGUGUAACUGGAUCCAAUGAGCCAAGUCCAGUUGAAGAAGGUUUUACUGAAGAAUAUCUAACUGGAGAGGAUUAUGAUCCCCAGAGGAAAAUUUCCGAGGAUACGCUAUAUGAAAACAAAGAAAUAGACGGCAGGGACUCUGAUCUUCUGGUAGAUGGAGAUUUAGGCGAAUAUGAUUUUUAUGAAUACAAAGACUAUGAAGAAAAAGCAACAAGUUCCCCUAAUGAAGAAUUUGGCCCUGGUGUCCCAGCAGAAACUGAUUUCACAGAAACAAGCAUAAAUGCCCAUGGUGCAUAUGGAGAGAAGGGUCAGAAGGGAGAGCCAGCAGUGGUUGAACCAGGGAUGCUUGUUGAGGGACCACCUGGGCCAGCAGGACCUGCGGGUCUUAUGGGCCCUCCAGGUCUCCAAGGCCCCUCUGGGCCCCCCGGUGACCCUGGUGAUAGGGGCCCUCCGGGACGUCCUGGUUUACCAGGAGCUGAUGGUCUACCUGGUCCUCCUGGAACUAUGUUAAUGUUACCGUUCCGCUAUGGUGGUGAUGGCUCCAAAGGACCUACCAUCUCUGCUCAGGAAGCCCAGGCUCAGGCAAUUCUUCAGCAGGCUCGGAUUGCUUUGAGAGGCCCUCCUGGCCCAAUGGGUCUAACUGGGAGACCGGGUCCUGUGGGUGGACCUGGAUCAUCUGGGGCCAAAGGAGAGAGUGGUGAUCCAGGUCCUCAGGGCCCUCGAGGUGUCCAGGGUCCACCUGGUCCAACAGGAAAACCUGGAAAAAGGGGGCGUCCGGGUGCUGAUGGUGGAAGAGGAAUGCCUGGAGAACCUGGAUCCAAGGGAGAUCGAGGCUUUGAUGGACUUCCAGGUCUGCCGGGCGACAAAGGUCACAGGGGGGAAAGAGGUCCUCAAGGUCCUCCAGGUCUUCCAGGCGAUGAUGGAAUGAGGGGAGAAGAUGGAGAAAUAGGGCCCAGGGGUCUUCCAGGUGAAGCUGGACCUCGAGGCUUGCUAGGACCACGGGGAACUCCAGGACCUCCAGGGCAGCCUGGUAUUGCAGGGAUAGAUGGCCCCCCAGGACCUAAAGGAAACAUGGGUCCCCAAGGGGAGCCUGGACCUCCAGGUCAACAAGGGAAUCCAGGACCUGAAGGUCUUCCCGGUCCUCAAGGUCCAAUUGGUCCUCCUGGUGAAAAAGGACCACAAGGAAAACCAGGGCUUGCUGGCCUUCCUGGUGCUGAUGGGCCUCCCGGUCACCCUGGAAAAGAAGGACAAUCUGGAGAAAAGGGUGCUCUGGGUCCUCCUGGUCCACAGGGUCCUGUUGGCUACCCUGGUCCCCGAGGAGUAAAGGGAGCAGAUGGUGUCAGAGGUCUCAAGGGAUCUAAAGGUGAAAAGGGUGAAGAUGGUUUCCCAGGAUUCAAAGGUGACAUGGGCCUUAAAGGUGACAGAGGAGAAGUGGGUCAAAUUGGUCCAAGAGGAGAAGAUGGUCCUGAAGGUCCCAAAGGUCGUGCAGGCCCAACUGGAGACCCAGGUCCUUCUGGCCAAGCAGGAGAGAAGGGGAAACUUGGAGUUCCAGGAUUACCAGGCUAUCCAGGAAGACAAGGUCCAAAGGGUUCCACUGGAUUUCCUGGGUUUCCAGGUGCCAAUGGGGAGAAAGGUGCUCGGGGAGUUGCAGGCAAACCAGGCCCUCGGGGUCAGCGUGGUCCAACGGGUCCUCGAGGUUCCAGGGGUGCAAGAGGUCCCACAGGGAAACCCGGGCCAAAGGGCACUUCAGGUGGUGAUGGCCCUCCAGGUCCUCCAGGUGAAAGAGGCCCUCAAGGACCACAGGGUCCAGUUGGAUUCCCCGGACCAAAAGGCCCCCCUGGCCCUCCUGGGAAGGACGGACUGCCAGGACACCCAGGACAGCGUGGAGAGACUGGAUUUCAAGGCAAGACCGGUCCCCCUGGGCCAGGAGGAGUGGUUGGACCACAGGGACCGACUGGUGAGACUGGUCCAAUAGGUGAACGGGGCCACCCUGGCCCUCCCGGCCCUCCCGGGGAGCAAGGUCUUCCUGGUGCUGCUGGAAAAGAAGGCGCAAAGGGUGACCCAGGUCCUCAAGGUAUCUCAGGGAAAGAUGGACCAGCAGGAAUACGUGGUUUCCCAGGUGAAAGAGGUCUUCCUGGAGCUCAGGGUGCACCUGGACUGAAAGGAGGAGAAGGUCCCCAGGGCCCCCCAGGUCCAGUUGGCUCACCGGGAGAGCGUGGUUCAGCAGGCACAGCAGGCCCAAUUGGUUUGCCUGGGCGUCCGGGACCCCAGGGCCCUCCUGGUCCAGCUGGAGAGAAAGGUGCUCCUGGAGAAAAAGGUCCCCAAGGCCCUGCAGGACGAGAUGGCGUGCAAGGCCCCGUGGGUCUGCCAGGGCCUGCGGGUCCUGCUGGCUCCCCUGGAGAAGACGGAGACAAGGGUGAAAUUGGUGAACCAGGCCAAAAAGGCAGCAAAGGAGACAAAGGAGAAAACGGCCCUCCUGGUCCGCCAGGUCUUCAAGGACCUGUUGGCGCCCCUGGAAUUGCUGGAGGGGAUGGUGAGCCAGGCCCCAGAGGACAACAAGGGAUGUUUGGACAAAAAGGUGAUGAGGGUGCUCGUGGUUUCCCAGGACCCCCUGGUCCUAUAGGUCUUCAGGGUCUGCCAGGCCCACCAGGUGAAAAGGGUGAAAACGGAGAUGUUGGCCCCAUGGGUCCACCUGGUCCUCCUGGCCCAAGAGGCCCUCAAGGCCCCAAUGGAGCUGAUGGACCACAAGGACCCCCAGGAUCUGUUGGUUCAGUUGGUGGUGUUGGAGAAAAGGGUGAACCAGGAGAAGCAGGGAACCCAGGGCCUCCCGGUGAAGCGGGCACAGGUGGUCCCAAAGGAGAAAGAGGAGAAAAAGGAGAGGCUGGGCCACCUGGUGCUGCAGGACCUCCUGGUGCUAAGGGGCCACCAGGUGAUGAUGGCCCCAAGGGGAACCCGGGUCCUGUUGGCUUUCCUGGAGAUCCUGGUCCCCCUGGGGAACCUGGUCCUGCAGGUCAAGAUGGUGUUGGUGGUGAUAAGGGUGAAGAUGGCGAUCCAGGGCAACCGGGUCCUCCUGGUCCAUCGGGUGAGGCUGGUCCACCAGGUCCUCCUGGAAAGAGAGGUCCUCCUGGAGCUGCAGGCGCAGAGGGACGACAAGGCGAAAAGGGGGCUAAGGGAGAAGCAGGUGCUGAAGGGCCUCCUGGGAAAACUGGCCCUGUUGGACCUCAAGGUCCUUCUGGAAAGCCUGGUCCAGAAGGUCUGCGAGGCAUCCCUGGCCCUGUGGGAGAACAAGGUCUUCCUGGUGCUGCUGGCCAAGAUGGACCCCCUGGUCCUAUGGGACCUCCUGGAUUACCUGGUCUCAAAGGUGACCCUGGCUCCAAGGGUGAAAAGGGACAUCCUGGUUUAAUUGGUCUCAUUGGCCCUCCAGGAGAACAAGGGGAAAAGGGGGACAGAGGAUUGCCUGGGACUCAAGGCUCUCCAGGAGCAAAGGGAGAUGGGGGAAUCCCAGGUCCUGCUGGUCCCAUAGGCCCACCUGGUAACCCAGGAUUACCAGGUCCUCAAGGCCCUAAGGGUAACAAAGGCUCUUCUGGUCCUGCUGGCCAGAAAGGUGACAGUGGUCUUCCUGGGCCUCCUGGACCUCCAGGUCCCCCUGGUGAAGUCAUCCAACCUUUACCAAUCUUGUCACCUAAGAAAACAAGAAGACAUGCUGAAAACAUGCAAGCCGACAUAGUUGACAAUAUUCUGGAUUACUCAGAUGGCAUGGAGGAAAUUUUUGGUUCUCUCAACUCCCUGAAACAAGACAUUGAACAUAUGAAGUUUCCAAUGGGUACUCAGACCAAUCCAGCUCGAACUUGCAAAGACCUGCAGCUCAGCCAUCCUGACUUCCCAGAUGGUGAAUAUUGGAUUGAUCCUAACCAAGGUUGCUCAGGAGAUUCCUUCAAAGUGUACUGUAAUUUCACAUCUGGUGGUGAAACGUGCAUUUAUCCAGACAGAAAAUCUGAGGGAGUAAGAAUUUCAUCAUGGCCAAAGGAGAAACCAGGAAGUUGGUAUAGUGAAUUUAAGAGAGGAAAACUGCUUUCAUAUCUAGAUGUUGAAGGCAAUUCCAUUAAUAUGGUGCAAAUGACAUUCCUGAAACUCCUGACCGCCUCUGCCCGGCAAAAUUUCACUUACAAUUGUCAUCAGUCAACUGCCUGGUAUGAUGUGUCAUCAGCAAGUUAUGACAAAGCACUUCGGUUUCUGGGGUCAAAUGAUGAGGAGAUGUCCCAUGAUAACAACCCUCAUAUCAAGGUGCUGUAUGACGGCUGUGCGUCCAGAAAAGGCUACGAAAAGACUGUGAUUGAAAUCAAUACUCCGAAAAUUGACCAAGUACCCAUAAUUGAUGUAAUGAUCAAUGAUUUUGGUGAUCAGAACCAGAAGUUUGGAUUUGAAGUUGGUCCAGCUUGUUUUCUUGGCUAAGAUUAGGACAAGUUUAUCUGAAACCAACAGAAAAUGCUCCUUGAUGCCACCAACCUAGAUCAUGCCACAUGCAAGUUUUGAAUAUGGAUGGUAUACAAUUCAGUAUAUGUGUAUCAGUUCCAAAUUGCUGGUGCCCUUGGGAGGCACAAUUUCAGGAAAGAAAUUUUGGUAAUCGGGAAUAUUUAAUAUAGUGUGGCUGAAAUGGUGACAGGGCUGAUUCUUGAUUCUCAACCCUCAUCUCUCCUUUUCCUAUUUGGAUUUCUUUGGUGCUGUAGAAAAAAAGAGAGAAAAUAUAUAUUAAUAAAAACAUGGUGCUCAUUCCCAUUCAUUGAGGAUAUGUUAAAAAUGUGUUUAAUAAAUUGUAAUUAUUUUGUGUACAGUUCAACACUGUUAUUGAUGGGUCCAUUUCCAAAACUUACACAUGUCUCUGAAUCCCACCUAAUUUUAUGACAAUUGCAGAACUGUGAUGGCAAUAAAUAUUGUAUUACGAAAAGUAAAGUUGUAAUUUCUGAUGACUCUAAUUCCCUUUCUUUAAUUAAUAAUAAAAUGCCUUUUUAUUUAUUGAUGGUGAAGAGUUCACUUAUUUGAUAUCACUAACAAAUAAC